AUGUCUUUAGAAGUAAACAUUAGCCAGCUAGCUCAGGGCAGGAUUCCUUGCGCAAAUGUCAAAGAGGGGGUCGAUGGCCCUGUCAAUUGUGUCACCCAGGCCAACCUCAUCUGUUCAAGGUGUUAUUUGGUUCAAUACUGUAGCUAUGGAUGCCAAGUUACGCACUGGCCUCAGCACAAGCUCGAUUGCAAUUCCGCAUUGAGGAAGCCUGGUUGGCAGCCAACCUGGGCCAGCGAAGGACGGCGGCCGGCCUUCAUGUCAACUGCCAUGCCAUCUGAGAGCUUUGGACAUCUGAGAUUUCUUUACGGCAAUAUAGCAGCGUUCGAUGUCCUGAAGUUGGCUCAUAACGAAGGAACAAAGCACAACAAGGACCUCAAUUUAUGCUUCGCUGCCUCCGGUGAUCUUCGGAACAUCAUCGAGUCGGUCAUCGGAAUGCCAGACGACUACAGUGGCACAUGCCUGUGCGUCGUCAACGACAAAGACCAAUUAGUUGUGGCCCGCAACGUCGUGAUGCUUCUCACCUCACUGGUUUUCCCUCCAGUCAUCGCAGCAGUGCUCAUCCUCCAUAUCUGGUAUUCAGCUCGGCUGACACCUAAAAUGUUGCAGGAUGUCAAGGAUCGCGUCCGACCGCUCAUUGCAGAGGUGCUGAAGAAAAUUGAGCAAAAGAAGGAUGACGUCCUCCUACACAAGACAUGGACCUUUGGUACACGGAUGUUAUCACUACGUCUGUAUAAACAGCAAUGGAAUCUCAUCCUGAGACUGUUUGAUGCUGAGCAACCGGUCUCGAAAGGCGAGGAAGAACGACAAUACGUUAUGCUUAACGACACUCGGGUGGAUUACCGAGAGCGCCGGCUCUUCACGAUGUCUCCCUCAAGGCGUGUAUGCUCCCACAAGAUGCAAGAAAGUGGAAUGCUUCUGCCAUUUGGGUCUUGCUCGGAUGGAUACACCUCCUCAAAUCCGACAUUGUUCGACAAUGAUAGCGGCGCAUGGCUCCUCAAAGACUCAGCGGACCCCUUGGCAGGUUGGGCACUCAAGGACAUUCUUGCAUCAGGAGUCAGACGUGGAGGUCCGAAGGAAGAUAUUUAUGGCCACUUGCAUUUCCAUAUACGGGACUUGCUCGAAAACUUUUGUCAGAAGACCACUCUAAUGAAGAUCCACAUGGACAUGUACUGUGUAAAUGCGACCGAACUACCCUCUCUUCUUGAUGACCGCCUCAAAGAGUCUGCGUUCGACAGAAUCGAAAUCUCCAACAUUGCCGAUGCCAACUACAUCGGUCUUGAAAAAUCGCUCUCAACAUUCGGUCCCUUACUCAAGAACCGCAAGCAAAGCUCUCACGCAACACUCAUUACGCUCUUCAUGAACGCGGCCGAACAGGCGGCACAGGCCCGCGGCUAUGACAUCGAAGCCAUGAUGACAGGAAUGCAGAAGAUAUCGCAGUUCUUGCCAUCCAAACUCCCCGCGAAUCAAAACCCGUAUAAUCCUGCAGCUUUGAGGGCUUCGGCCGCGAAGGACCUCGUCCGGGACUACGACAAACUGUGGGCUCAGUACAAGCGGAUGUUAGACUUCCCAACCAUUGUCAAAAAGACGGGCAUGAAGCCGAAGGUGAAAAACACUGUAGUUGAGGCGUGGCCCAUGAGGCUUUACAAGAGGUAUGGAGAGCCAGGGGCCCAGGAGGACUUUGACAACCUUAUGGAAUCGGGAUCCUCGGGAAAUGAGCGUUAUGUUGAGUGGAUGAGAAGCGAGUAA